CAAAAGGCAGAAAAUAAAUAAACGUGAUGCAGUUCUUGGCGAACUUUGGUUGCUCAAGGAAGUGGUGCAGACGGACUGUCCGUUAUUGUUGAGAGAGUUUGAGCCAGACGGAGACAAAAUUAUACAACAGCAAUUCUCUUUAUCGAUUAAACGGCCGGCCGCUCUCAAAGGAAGGCCAGAGCUGCAAAUCGGUGAAUAGCCGCGAAAUCAUAAAGAGAGGCUGCAAACAAAGAAAAAUAUAAAAAGGCUGUAGCUGCAGGGACCCUUCGUCUUUAUUCAAGCAACGCUGUUUCCCCCCAAGCCAGCCCCCUUUCUCAGCGCACAAAAAGAAGAGGCUUCACCAGUUCCAUUGCUGCCAUGGGCAAGAGCAGACCACAGAUUGUGGCCACGGUUGUCCCCAAUAGUGACGCAAUGGCGUCGCAAAAAGCCGCCUCCGACGGAGGCGGUGGAGCAGACGGUGGAGGUGUCCAACUGCGUCGCGAACUUGGCCUCUGGAGUGCGGUCAGCCUGAUUGUCGGGGUCAUGAUAGGAUCCGGCAUCUUUGUUUCUCCGACGAGCGCUUUGGAGCGGUCUGGCUCCGUCGGGCUGUGCCUCAUUAUUUGGGCCGUUUGCGGCGGAAUCUCCUUGCUAGGUGCUUUGGCCUUCGCAGAGUUAGGCGCAGUUGUUCCCCGAUCUGGCGCCGAGUAUGCUUAUUUCAUUGAAGCUUUUGGCAAACUGCACCCUUUCUGGGGACCACUGCCCAGUUUCGUGUGUGCCUGGGUGUAUGUGAUGGUGCUGAGACCGGCUGAGGUAGCCGUCAUUGUCCUCACCUUCUCUCAGUACGUGAGCCAACCAUUCGAGGAGGCUUUCCAAGUCGAGAUGGAUCUGGAACACCGGCAGCUCGUUUUGAAGCUGAUCGCCCUGGUAGCUUUGGGCUUGAUGACUUACAUCAACAUUGUGAGUGUCAAACUCUACGUCAGGGUGCAAAAUGUGUUCACGGCCUGCAAACUGAUCGCCUGCUUUGUGGUUAUUUGUGGAGGGCUCUACGCUUUGAUAAAUGGCCAAACUCAAAAUCUUUCAAAAGGUUUCGAAGGCUCUUCAACAGAUCCAAAGAGUAUUGCUUUAGCCUUCUAUAGCGGUCUCUGGGCAUAUGAUGGAUGGUCAACUGUUACAUCAGUCACAGAGGAAGUUAAACGGCCAGAAAGGAACAUUUUGUGGAGCAUUGCAAUUGGUGUGCCAGUGGUUACAGUCGUCUACUGCUUCAUGAACCUCUCUUACAUGACUGUCUUGAGCAUCCCUGAAAUGAUCGCCGCCCCAGCAGUGGCAGUUGAAUUUGGAGAUCGAAUGCUAGGAGUUUUUAAAUUUAUCAUUCCACUUGGCGUAGCUUUAUCAACAUUUGGCUGCGCCUUGAGUAUCCAGUUUGGAGUAACAAGAUUGUGUUUUGUGGCUGCUCAAGAGGGUCACAUGGUUUCUGCUUUAUCGUUCAUUCAUUUUCGAAGACUUACGCCAGCACCAGCAGUCACACUGCAAGGGAUUCUGACUGCGUUUUUCAUUUUGGCCGGAGAUAUUGUAGAUCUGAUUGAUUUUUCAAGUUUCCUUAUUUGGAUAUUUUACGGUGGUGCAAUGGUGGCAUUGCUGGUGUUAAGAAAAUCGCGACCCAAAGCGCACCGUCCAUAUCGAGUUCCACUCAUCAUCCCCUUGCUCGUGAUGGUCGUGGCAAUUUUCCUGGCAGUAGUUCCUAUUGCAAUGGACCCCAGUCCUAAAUACCUCAUUGCAGUGUUUUUCAUUUUUACUGGGGUCAUAGUUUACAUUCCGUUUGUAUAUUACAAAAAACAUCCUAAAAUUCUGGGACGAUUUACGGAAUGGAUACAAAAGCUAAUGGAGGUGGUGCCCGCUGACAACAACACAAGUUGAAUGAAAUAAAAAGGCAUCAAUUUUGUUACAAGUUCAAAGGCAUCUUAUGGACAAUAAUUUGGGAAAGAUGAAAGUAAGUUUCGCGCGGGUAGUUUAUGAAACUGGCACAGCAACAAAUUAAAAAAAAAUAUGUGAUAUUUUUAAUCCCCGUGUACAAAACUGCUAUGCAGAUUUUUUUUAAUCACAAAAUCUAGUUAGACAAUUAUAAAAGAAGCAUUCCUUUUUAAUACUCUGAAGAAACAAUAAAAAUUAUUUCCUGUUUUUAAGAAGCCUUUAACAAUGCUUACACACUCCAUAUUUUAUUUUUGUGAACAGCUACUUUAAAAUAAAACUGAAUAUUAAUUUUUAAUUGUUGGGCUUGCAAAUUUUAAUCACCUAUAGAUGACAGAAUAUGAUAAACAAAUUUCAGGAAAUAAAAAAUUAUUUAAAUAUUAUGAAAAGCAAUAAAACCAGUUAGAGUAGGGAAUCCCAAACCAGGAAAAAG